UCACCUAUAUGGUGGUCAAGGCUGUCCUAGACUCGGUGAUACUGUGAAUGGUGUCGUGUUGUUAGAUGAGGGUGGUGGCAAGUGCCUAGAGGGGAUCCACAUUGAUGAGGGUGCAUUGUGACAGAGUUGGGCUGGGACAGGCAAAAAGGAUCAUACUAUAUGAUAUGUGAUGAUGAUAGGGCUCGUGGUGUUGGUGUGAUGGUGUGUACAAGCAUAGAGUUCACGAUGGGAAUACCUUGCGGAUUUGACUUAUACAUCGAGCCAGUAUGUAUAAUCGUAAACGGGUGAAACAUGAAGGAGGCGAAGCGGAUUAGCAAAUCGAGUUUUCGUGCAACACUGCGAAUUUGACCUAAAUGCAAGAAAUAGCUAAAUUGCACUAUGAUCGAUUAGGCCGCUGCCGUCCACGAAUAUCUCCACUACCUCCGCCACCAUGGGUCGAAUGUAUGGAAGAGGUAAGGGCAUCUCGUCCAGUGCCCUGCCCUAUCGUCGUAGGACUCCCGGUUGGGUCAAGAUGACCCCUGAGGAUUGCGCUGAGAACAUCUGCAAGCUCGCCAAGAAGGGUCUUACUCCUUCCCAGAUUGGUGUCACCCUUCGUGAUUCCUUCGGAGUCCCCCAGGUCCGCUUCCUCACUGGCAACAAGAUCUUACGUAUCCUCAAGCUCAGAGGUUUGGCCCCUGAGCUCCCUGAGGAUCUCUACCAUCUCAUGAAGAAGGCCGUCUCUAUUCGCAAGCAUAUGGAGCGCAACCGCAAGGACAAGGAUGCUAAGUUCCGUCUUAUUUUGGUUGAGUCCAGGAUCUACAGAUUGGCCCGUUACUACCGUCGUGAGAAGCGUCUCCCUGCCUCCUGGAAGUACAGUCCCCUCCAGGCUGCUGCCGCUGUCUCUUAAUCUGCUGCUGGUUUUGAUGGAAAGUCGAUGACGUUUGUAUUGGGAGUACUACUAUUACUACCACUGCAAUAGAGAUUCCGGUGAUCUGGAGAUAAUUGUGG